AUGACCCUCACCGACGCCCAAAUAUCCAUCGUCAAAUCCACCGCCCCCGUCCUCAAGCAGCACGGCGAAGCCAUCACCACCGUCUUCUACCACAACCUCAUCACCGAGAACCCUUCUCUCAAAAACAUCUUCAGCAUCACCUCCCAGUCCACGGGGGCCCAACCGCGCGCCCUCGCCCACGCUGUCCUCGCCUACGCCACCUACAUCGACAACCUCGCCGCUUUGUCGCACGCCGUCGCGCGCAUCGCGCACAAGCACGUCUCCCUCCAAGUUGAACCGGCGCAGUACGCCAUUGUCGGCCAAUACCUGAUCCAAGCCAUCGGGCAGGUUCUUGGCGAUGCGGCCACGCCAGACAUUGUUGACGCUUGGACGGCUGCAUAUGGAGUGCUAGCGGAUGUGUUUAUUGGGACGGAGGGGAAGAUGUAUGAGGAGAAUGAAAAGAAGGACCACUGGAGGGGCUGGAGGAAGUUUAGGAUUGCGCGGAAGGUGGAGGAAAGUCAGAACAUUUCAAGCUUUUACUUGAAGCCGGUUGAUGGGAUCACCUUGCCAAGGUAUCUGCCGGGUCAGUAUGUCUCUGUGCAAGUGCUGGCGCCGCAGGUGGGGUAUUUGCAGAGUAGGCAGUACAGCUUGAGUGAGGCUCCGAAGGAGGGAGGCAUGGAGGAGUAUCGGAUCAGCGUGAAGAGGGAGGAAGGGGAGGCCGGUAACGGUAUGCCGGGACUGAUCUCCAACUUGCUCCAUGGUAUGCAAGAGGGCGCUGAGGUGGAAGUUAGUCAUCCGCAGGGCGAGUUCUACGUCGAUCCCGCGGAUGCGAGCAAGGAAGGGGUGCCGGUUGUGUUGAUCUCGGUUGGCGUGGGCGCUACUCCGUUGAUGGCUAUCCUCAAGAGCUUGGUGCAAGCCCCGGCCAAGAGACCCGUGUCGUGGAUCCACGCGAGCAGGUCGAGCUCGGCACAGCCUUUUGGCGAGGAGGUCAGGCGCAUCGUCAAGGAGAACCCCGAGCAGGUGUCAGCCCAUGUGUUCUUGAAGACGGUGGCGGGCACGGAUCAGGCCGGUGUGCAUUACGAUUUUGCGGAUACGAGGAUGGACUUGACCAAGUUGGAUGGGGAGCGGGAUCUGCAUUUGGCAGAUAAGAGGACCGAGUACUACAUUUGCGGACCGGAGACGUUCAUGGUGGAGAUCAGGAAGGUGUUGGUUGGCCUUGGGGUCGAGAGGAGUAAGGUGCACUUGGAACUAUUUGCUACUGGUGAUGUUGCUGAUGAGUAG